AUGAAUAACAUUCGAAACGUUGCCGCGCCUUACUGGGCCGAAUUCAUCGGCACCCUUGUUUUGACCUUUGUCGGCCUGGGAAUUUCUGCGCAGAACCUCACGAGCAAGACCACACAGCACACCGAAGCACUCAACAGCUCUAUCGGCUGGGGCAUCGCCGUCACGUUGGGCAUCUGGACCUCAGCACACGUCAGCGGCGGACACAUCAACCCAGCAGUGUCCAUUGCCCGCGCGCUAUUCAACGGAUUCUCACCCGCUAAGCUGCCCGGAUACCUGCUCGCGCAGACCCUCGGCGCAUUCUCAGCGGCGUUCCUCGUCUGGCUGAACUAUGCUCAGGCAUUGGCGCAGCUCGAGCUCACUGAUCCCACUGGCACACACCCGGCCACUGCUGCUUUCAUCACAUCCAAUGGUACAUGGGAGGGCUUGGUUGCUGAGGUACUGGGGUCAUUUGUCUUUGUGCUGGUUAUUUUUGCCGUCACUGAUGGCAGAAGCGCAGGACGCCCUGUUGCCCCGUUGGUUAUUGGCUUGGCGCUCACCGGCGUGUCACUGGCGCUGAGCUCGCCGCUGGCUGUAUCGAUUAACCCGGCCAGAGACUUUGGACCCAGGGUGUUUGCCGCCCUGGCGUAUGGUUUCGGCGUGUUUACUGAGGGUUCGCUUUAUUUCUGGGUGCCCCUGGUUGGGCCCGUGGUUGGCGCUGCGCUGGGCGCGUUUGUGUAUGAG